CCCGGUGCCGUCGCCUCCGCGGGCUGAGGAUGACGUGAGGAGCGAGCGGCGGCGAGCCUCUGCCUCCGGCGGGUGCAGCUGGGCCAGCGGUUCCCACAGCCCCGGAGCCAGCCGUGCUGCCAAGCGCACCGCCGAGCUCCUCCGCCGGCGGCCCCCUCGCUCCCUCGCAGGCCGAGCCGCCCCCUGCGCGGCCCCCGCGGCUCCUGGCACGGCCCCGCGCUCAGCUGCCGCCCUGGCGCGCUCCACUCUGUCGUCCCCGGACGGGCGCGGACCAGCUCGACCGGGGCGCCGGCGGCUGGGCAGAGGGCGCUGGCCCCGGGGCCGCGCCGGCGCGGCCACCAACCUGGGGCUGUCGGUGGAGGGCGAGUGCUGGUUCCGGGGAGAGGCGACGCCCUUCGGGGCCAACGGGCCGCACGCAGAUGUGGCCGUGGGAACGACUCACCCGUUUUCCAGCUCUGGGGCGGGGCUGGGGUCGGGGUCGGCGCCCGUGGGGGCCCCGCCUCCGUCCCCUGGCCUGCCCCCGUCCUGGGCCGCGAUGAUGGCGGCUCUGUACCCGAGCACGGACCUCUCGGGCGUCUCCUCCUCCUCCCUGCCUUCCUCCCCAUCCUCCUCGUCGCCCAACGAAGUGAUGGCGCUGAAGGAUGUGCGGGAGGUGAAGGAGGAGAACACCCUCAAUGAGAAGCUUUUCUUGCUGGCGUGCGACAAGGGUGACUAUUAUAUGGUUAAAAAGAUUUUGGAGGAAAACAGUUCAGGUGACUUGAACAUAAAUUGCGUAGAUGUGCUUGGGAGAAAUGCUGUUACCAUAACUAUUGAAAACGAAAGCUUGGAUAUACUGCAGCUGCUUUUGGACUACGGUUGUCAGUCCGCAGAUGCACUUUUGGUGGCAAUCGACUCUGAAGUAGUGGGAGCUGUUGAUAUACUACUUAAUCAUCGACCAAAACGAUCAUCAAGACCAACUAUAGUAAAACUUAUGGAACGAAUUCAGAAUCCUGAAUAUUCAACAACAAUGGAUGUUGCGCCUGUCAUUUUAGCAGCUCAUCGUAACAACUAUGAAAUUCUUACAAUGCUUUUAAAGCAGGACGUGUCUUUGCCCAAGCCCCAUGCAGUUGGCUGUGAAUGCACGCUGUGUUCUGCAAAGAACAAAAAGGACAGCCUCAGACAUUCCAGGUUUCGUCUUGAUAUCUAUAGAUGUCUGGCCAGCCCAGCUCUAAUAAUGCUAACAGAGGAGGACCCCAUCCUGAGAGCAUUUGAACUUAGUGCUGAUUUAAAGGAACUCAGCCUGGUGGAGGUGGAAUUCAGGAAUGAUUAUGAAGAGCUAGCCCGUCAGUGCAAGAUGUUUGCUAAAGAUUUGCUUGCACAGGCCAGGAAUUCUCGUGAACUGGAAGUUAUCCUAAACCAUACAUCUAGCGAUGAACCUCUUGACAAACGGGGACUACUAGAAGAAAGAAUGAAUUUAAGUCGUCUAAAACUUGCAAUCAAAUAUAACCAAAAGGAGUUCGUCUCCCAGUCAAAUUGCCAGCAGUUCCUGAACACAGUUUGGUUUGGACAGAUGUCAGGUUACCGCCGUAAGCCCACCUGUAAGAAGAUAAUGACUGUUUUGACAGUUGGCAUCUUCUGGCCAGUUUUGUCACUGUGUUAUUUGAUAGCUCCCAAAUCUCAAUUUGGCAGGAUCAUUCACACACCUUUUAUGAAAUUCAUUAUUCAUGGAGCAUCAUAUUUCACAUUCUUGCUGUUACUAAAUCUCUACUCACUUGUCUACAACGAAGACAAGAAAAAUACAAUGGGGCCAGCCCUUGAGAGAAUAGACUACCUUCUCAUACUGUGGAUUAUUGGGAUGAUUUGGUCAGACAUUAAAAGACUCUGGUAUGAAGGGUUAGAAGACUUUUUAGAAGAAUCUCGUAACCAACUCAGCUUUGUCAUGAAUUCCCUCUAUUUGGCAACCUUUGCCCUCAAAGUGGUGGCUCACAACAAGUUUCAUGACUUUGCUGACCGGAAGGACUGGGAUGCAUUCCACCCCACACUUGUAGCAGAAGGGCUUUUUGCAUUUGCUAAUGUUCUGAGUUACCUUCGGCUCUUUUUUAUGUAUACAACCAGCUCGAUUUUGGGUCCACUGCAGAUUUCCAUGGGACAGAUGUUACAAGAUUUUGGGAAAUUUCUGGGGAUGUUCCUUCUUGUUCUGUUCUCCUUCACGAUUGGACUAACACAGCUCUAUGACAAGGGGUACACCCCCAAAGAGCAGAAGGACUGUGUUGGCAUCUUCUGUGAACAACAAAGCAACGACACCUUCCACUCGUUCAUUGGCACCUGCUUUGCUCUGUUCUGGUACAUUUUCUCCUUAGCACAUGUGGCCAUCUUUGUCACAAGGUUUAGCUAUGGAGAAGAGUUGCAGUCCUUUGUUGGAGCCGUGAUUGUUGGAACUUACAACGUCGUGGUUGUUAUCGUGCUUACGAAGCUGCUAGUGGCCAUGCUUCACAAGAGCUUUCAGUUGAUAGCAAAUCAUGAGGAUAAAGAAUGGAAGUUUGCUCGAGCAAAGCUAUGGCUUAGCUACUUUGAUGACAAAUGUACACUGCCCCCACCUUUCAACAUUAUUCCUUCACCGAAGACUAUCUGCUAUAUGAUCAGUAGCCUCAGUAAGUGGGUUUGCUCUCACACAUCGAAAGGCAAGGUCAAACGGCAAAACAGUUUAAAGGAGUGGAGAGCCUUGAAGCAAAAGAGAGGCGAGAGCUACCAGAAGGUGAUGUGCUGCCUGGUGCACCGGUACCUGACGUCUGCGCGACAGAAGAUGCAGAGCACAGACCAGGCCACUGUGGAGAAUCUCAGUGAACUGCGCCAAGAUCUGUCCAAAUUCCGAAAUGAAAUAAGGGAUUUGCUUGGCUUUCGGACUUCUAAAUAUGCUAUGUUUUACCCAAGAAAUUAAUCAUUUCCUAAAUCUUGUAGAAAUUAAUUUUCCAUGACAAAUCUGAGACUGUAUUUGCAUACCUUACAACUACACUAAUAAGAUAUAUAUGGACAGAAACAGUUACACAAAAGCCAUUCUUUAAAUAUUUAUAGCAUAAAUAUAUGUCAUGUAAAAUAUGUAUAUAGAGUUAGUUUUUUAAAACCUGUCUGUGGCUUUUUGUAGAGGUGAAACAGAACAAGUAAAUGGGUUUGUUAGCAUGCAAUUGUAUUUUCUUAGUUCUUAAAUUAGUGCUUAAAUUUUAUAAUAUUGAAGAGGGGCAGCUAUCAGUGUACACAUUGCCCGCUCCUUUUUAUAAAGUGAAGAUCACCAAAUGCAGCUACCUUAAGAGACACUUGAAAUGUAGAGUUCAUGUUGUUUAAAAUCUCUGCUUUUAGGAGUUCACAUAGAGUUCAGUAUUUAUUGUUUAAGAGUGUAGUUUUAUCUAAAAUACCCUAUUUUUUCUUUUGUUAUAAUCUUAAGCAACAAAGAAAAGUCUCUAAAUUUUUGAAUUUAAGUCGGUCUUGUGGUGCAUGGCUUUAAUCCCAGCACUUGCGAGGCAGAGGCAGGUGGAUC